AUGCCUUCUUUUCGAGAAACCCUAUGCCUAGACUGGGGCUUGAUUAGCACUCCCGAGCAGCAGAUCAGAGCAAUGACCUCCUGCCAGCAACGGAAACCAGACUGGAACGACAAUGAGGAUUUCUUUCGUUUCACCCGUGGUCGCUUUCUCCGCGACGAGGCACGUGAAUUGUCCAGCCGUUACGUGAGAUUCAACGUCAACGAGCUUGCACGAGUAGCGGCCCAAGCCACAGGUCACGGCUCUCGCCAUUGCGUGAAGAUAGAGAAGCUGGCAGAUGGAAUGCAUAACAAGGCUCUCCUUUUGACAAUGGACAACGGCUUGCAGGUUGUUGGUAAAAUACCAAACCCAAACGCAGGAAGGCCGUAUUUCACGACUGCCUCGGAGGUAGCCACCAUGGAAUUUAUGAGAAAUGUGAUGGGGACUCCGGUGCCCAAGGUCCUCGCUUGGAGCGCGAAACGAGGUGGUGAAAAGAAUUGCCAAGUAUCAAGAAGAUUGGACGUCGACUUCCUUCUCCCGGUUUGGAGGACUGUACUAUCGGAAGAUCUUGGAUCUGCCGCCUCCCCUUUGGUCUAUACGGACAAGGAGGGAAGGCGAGUUACGGAUGACCGUUUUGCUAUCGGCCCAUCGACAAGGAGACAGAAUGUCGAUGACGGCAGGAUGGACGUCGACUUCGACAGAGGCCCUUAUUACUUGCUCCCCGACGACGAAUCCAUCCAAACGUCUCAUCUCUGGCACGACGACCUGCAUACGGAGAAUAUUUUCGUCAACCCGGACGAUCCUUCCGAGAUCUACGGAUUUAUAGACUGGCAGUCAACUGAAUUGGCCCCUUUGUAUGAGCACACGCUUGAGCCCUACGUUCUUGAUUAUGACGGCCCGCCGGUGGAAGGACUGCUCGAGCAGCCGAGACUGGCCGAAGUCCAGAAGCUCUUUGAUAACGAACCUGACCCGGUCUUGCGGAAGAGGAAGGCAGAUUCAUUAUUUGUCAAGAUGUCCCUGGUCUCCCUGUACCGACACCUGGUCCAUAAGAUUAAUAAGCGAUUGUUGAGAGCUCUCAAGUUCCGAGAGACGACCCGCUUUCAGCUCCUUCUCUUCGCGCGGAACCUUCUUGUGGACGGGGAGGCGACAUACCUGGCUCUCCUGGCAGAGCAGCAGCAGCAGCAACAACAACAACAACAACAACAGAGCAGCAAAGAUUUGCCCGGGACACGGGAAAAUAGCAACCUCUUACCCUUCCCAUUAUUCUCCGCUGAGGAGCUCAAGACCAUUGAGACGGACAGCGAGGGUGCAGCGCUGGCGAUCAAUCUGAUGCAGGAAGUCCAAGAUAGAGUCGGUCGGCAAUUCUUUUCUGCACAGGGACUGGUCAGCCAUGAGCAAGUCGACGGGGCCAAGAAGGCUCUGCGGGCAGCCAAGGAGGAGUUUGUGCAGAAGUACGCGCGGAACGAGAACGAAGUGAAGGAACUGGGAGAAGCGUGGCCGUUUGAUGAUUGA